GACUCCUUCCCGCCUUCCUUGCUUCGUCUUCCAAAGCGGUUCCUUCUCUGCUACUGCGACGCCUUGCCAUGGGCAUUAAGGGUUUAACCAAGCUUUUAGCUGACAAUGCCCCCAAAGGCAUGAAGGAGCAGAAGUUCGAAAGCUAUUUUGGACGAAAAAUUGCAAUUGAUGCCAGCAUGAGUAUCUAUCAAUUUCUUAUUGUCGUGGGAAGAAGUGGGACUGAGAUGUUGACCAACGAAGCUGGUGAAGUCACUAGCCAUUUGCAAGGGAUGUUUAACCGGACAAUAAGGCUUCUCGAAGCUGGAGUUAAGCCAGUCUAUGUGUUUGAUGGAAAGCCUCCUGAUUUGAAAAAGCAAGAACUUGCAAAACGUUAUUCAAAGAGAGCAGAUGCUACUGCAGACCUGGCAGAUGCAAUUGAGGUUGGAAACAAGGAGGACAUUGAGAAAUUCAGUAAAAGGACGGUCAAGGUUACAAAGCAGCACAAUGAUGACUGUAAAAGACUUUUGAGACUCAUGGGAGUGCCUGUGAUCGAGGCUCCCUCCGAAGCUGAGGCACAAUGUGCUGCGCUUUGCAAGUUAGGAAAGGUUUAUGCUGUGGCAUCAGAAGACAUGGAUUCACUAACAUUUGGAUCUCCUAGAUUUCUUCGUCAUUUAAUGGAUCCCAGCUCAAGGAAGAUCCCAGUUAUGGAAUUUGAAGUUGCAAAGAUUUUGGAGGAGCUGAACCUUACCAUGGAUCAAUUUGUCGAUUUGUGCAUUCUUUCUGGAUGUGAUUAUUGUGACAGUAUUCGAGGUAUAGGGGGACAGACUGCUUUAAAGCUUAUCCGUCAACAUGGGUCUAUAGAAAAUAUACUAGAGAACAUCAAUAAAGAAAGGUACCAAAUUCCAGAGGGUUGGCCAUUUCAAGAGGCCCGACAGCUUUUUAAAGAACCACUAGUGUGUACUGACGAAGAGCAACUUGACAUUAAGUGGACUACUCCAGAUGAAGAAGGCUUAAUCUCAUUUUUGGUGAAUGAGAAUGGGUUCAAUAGCGAUAGAGUAACAAAGGCAGUAGAAAAAAUUAAAGCAGCCAAGAACAAGUCAUCACAGGGCCGGAUGGAGUCAUUUUUCAAGCCCGUAACGAAUCCUUCAGUAUCCACUAAAAGAAAGGUAACCAAAUGUGUACUUAAGUCUCCUAAACCAGGAAUCCAGCAUAAAUACUCUCCACAAGCUUUUUAUCCGUCAAGGACAAAGGUCAUUGGCAGCCUAGGGACGCCAAUAUUAGACCAUUCUUCCAAGUACUCAGGGUCAAGGCCAUUAGUCAUGGCUGCUUGCUUCGGCACAUGAAGCUGAAAACGCUGGAGACAUCAGAAAAGCCCACCAAACAAGCAAUAACUAAGAAAUCGAAGUCCAGUGGUGGUAAAAUAAAGUAGGAAGAGUUGGUUCCAUCGCCACUGUCGAAUUUGUGCAACGAACUUGCUGAUUUUAAGUAAUUUAUAAGCUUUAGGUGGCUGCAAAUUUAGGAGAUAGUUGCGACAUUAAUGUUCUUGAAUGAUUGGUCUUGGUGCAAUUUUAGGAGGUAUAUCUUUGAGUACUUGCGGACAUGCCUUGUGUGACUGCAAUCUAUUAGUUUUAAGUUGCAGGCCCUCUCAAGAAUGAUAAUUUUGUUUCUGCUCUGCAACCUGUAUAUUUCUUAACUAAAUGAAUAGUGAAGUAAGAUCUUAUAGGUUUGCUUUUCCAAUUCUUAGAACUCCUGGAUUGAUUGGAGAGGAUAGUUGAGUUGCCAAAUUUGAAAAUUGAAUUCAUGAA